UGAAGAUUAUGGGCCAGAUCUAUAGGUCGUGCUUCCGGGUGCUUGUCUGGUUAGGUUGCGACGACCUACCCGCAUGCUCUUCUCUGGACUUUGUCUGCGAGAUUGCAAACGAUGCCCUUGAAAGAGGUCUGCAAAGGAAGAUCUUUUCCAGCGCUUGCAAACCAUACUGCUGGGCGACGUGUUCAUAAAGAAACAUGAUAUAGCCAUGCAUCGGGACGAUGAGCAGUUGGCACUCAGGCAACUUUACAAGUACCUCGGAAGCUCUUGGUUUUCACGGGCCUGGGCCUUCCAAGAAGUCGUUCUACCGUUACGCUCCGGCAUCCUUAUUGGAAUCUCGGCCAUUCCUCUCGAAGGCCUCUACUGGAUAUGCGGAAUGAUCGAUUGGAUUGAGAGGGAGGGGGUAUUGCCGCCGCCGGUUGGCCCCGACGACAUAACCCUGUCUUCCCGCGGCCGGAGAAUAGUGCCAAUCAUGCAACGAACCUGGAAAAGCUUGCAUCUCCCAGAGGAUCCUCAGUCAGUACCGUACCAUAGCAUCACGCAGUUGCUGUCCUCUAUCUCGCCGAAUAUGCAGACUUCGGUUCCUCAAGAUCGUAUAUACGCAUUCCUGGGUCUCAACCUUGACCCACGCAUAGUAAUCGAGCCAAACUAUCGAGAUUCUGAACUGGAAGUCCAAGUUUGCACAGCAAAGGCAAUUGUUCAAGGGUCUAAUCGACUGGAUAUUUUCGAGUGUCUUUGUCGCGCAGGAGAUCGCGACCAAGACUGGCCUUUCUCCAGAAGAAGGCCAACUUGGGCACCAGAAUUUACUCGCGAGGAGCACCUCAGUUCAUUCUCGAUAUCAGAAGCUCUGUCACGGCAACCCCAGGGAGGAUCCAACAUGUAUCCUCGUAUCGGCAAGUGUGAUUCAAAGACACUGACUGUACAUGGGCGAAGAAUAGACCGUAUCAGGAGCCGAAUUGACCCCAUGGAAAGAACAUACUUCGAUUUCUCCCACUAUGUCACCUCGGCCGUUCAGGGCUGUGAACCAUCGCAACGCCAGGUGCCCCGCCCAACAGCACAGACCGUGCUCGCAGCAAUCCUGGCCCAGGGCCAUUGUGACAAUGGCCUGGUCGCCCGCUGCUUCAGCAAGACUGAGCUCCUGGGAGGGAUAUUGAUGUCAGUCGUCCGCCUCUACCUCGACAGAAUAGAAACCAAAUCCGGAGUGAAUAAAGAAGUGGUCACAUUCCAAUGUUGGGAGGAGCUCCAAGAGGUUAUAUCCUCUCUUUAUCAUGUUGCGUACAAACACUAUCUUUCUGUUACCGACGAAGGACGGAUGGCGCUGGGGUGCACGCUAGAACCAGGUGAUGAGAUCUGGGUGCUCCACGGAUGUACUAAGCCGGUGGCACUGAGACCUGCAAAUGAGGGAACGUAUUGUGUGCAAGAGACGUGCUUCUUGGAAGGCUGGAUGGAUCCGUGGGGCGCCGGUAUGGUUGACUGGGGCGAAGAGGAUGGCGUGGAGUUAAAAUUGGUUUGAGCCAUCCUCCAAGAAACCCUUGGAGGCCGCCAGUCAGUUCCCGUGCAUGUAUCCAUCAAACCAUUGAACAUCCUGAUGGUUGUCGCCAAUCCCAUCCGCAUUGAAUACCUUUUCCCUAUCCGCCGUAGCACCUGUCAGCCCCGAAUUGAGGCAAUGCGGGUUGUAACCUAUCAUAAAUCGAAAGAGUGAUUCUAGGGGGGCAGUGCCAGCCUCUUAAAC